UGUUGGAGCUCCGAUUGCAGUGAUGAUCACUGAUAAUUUGAUGCCUAUCCUACUAUGCCUCUACGUCUACUUUAUCGCCGGCUCUGAAUGCUGGAGUAGUCUCUCAAAACGCGCAUUGACAAACUGGCUCCCAAUGAUCCAACUAGCCCUCCCAGGCCUCAUCAUGGUCGAAGCAGAAUGUCUAGCAUUCGAAAUCCUUACCCUCGCAUCCUCCUACUUAGGUACAGACGAACUCGCCGCCCAAUCCGUCCUCUCCACCCUCGCAAGUAUCACCUUCCAAAUCCCCUUCCCCCUCUCCAUCGCAGCCAGCACUCGCGUCGCAAACCUAAUCGGCUCAACCCUCGUCGACUCCGCACGCACCUGCGCAAAAGUAUCCUUCACCGGCGCAACCAUCAUUGGCCUUCUCAACGUCCUCCUUCUAUCCUCCCUACGACCCUACCUCCCCCGCCUCUUCAGCUCCGACAAACAAGUCAUCGACCUCGUCGCAGCCAUACUCCCCCUCUGCGCCGCAUUCCAACUCUUUGACGCUCUUGCAGCAAACUGCAAUGGCCUCCUCCGCGGUCUAGGACGACAGGCCUUUGGAGGCUGGGUGCAGUUGUUCUGUUAUUAUGCCAUUGCUAUGCCGAUUAGUUUAGGGACGACGUUUGGGCUGGGAUGGGGACUUUAUGGGCUUUGGACGGGUGUUGCGAUUGCGUUGGGGUUGGUUUCGUUGAUUGAAGGGGUGUUUUUGCGGAGGACGAGGUGGGAACUUGCGGUGGAGGAGGCCAUUCAGAGGAAUUUGACGGCUUGAUAAACUGCUGUUACAUGUGGCAUGAUUAGUCUACUAUAUCCGGCUAUAUAUACAGUCACCUGACAAAAGUCUACGUAAUUCCGCGUCGCGCGACGCGCCA